CCAGCCCGUUGAGGGGAGCAUGGAAAGUAGGUGUUGGCUGGCUGCGCCAAUUUCUAUAAAUGGAAUGGACCGGUUUAGAUUUUAAGAGAUAAUUUCGGAUUUAAAUUUUGCUUAAAACUUGGGGGAGAGAGAGUGCUCAGGUUCUGAUUCUCUCUAUGGAGCCGGAAUCUGGAAUUUUAACUCCUCCUCGAAGCUCUUCUCAGCUUUCCUGGGUGAAUCUCUCCAGGAACCUAAUAUUAGCAUACCAAAGUCUUGGUGUAGUAUAUGGAGAUCUGAGCAUUUCACCUCUCUAUGUUUAUUCCAGUGCGUUCAUAGGGAAGCUGGAUGACAAUUGGCAUGAGGAAGCAAUAUUUGGUGCAUUUUCCUUGAUUUUUUGGACCCUUACUUUAAUACCCUUACUCAAGUAUGUGUGUAUUGUACUGACCGCAGAUGAUAAUGGUGAAGGUGGUACAUUUGCUCUCUAUUCACUGCUUUGUAGGCAUGCAAAGUUUAGCUUACUUCCCAAUCAACAAGCAGCCGAUGAGGAGCUCUCAACCUACAAAUAUGGCCAUCCAAUGCAGUCUGCUACCUCUUCUGCUCUUAAGAGAUAUUUGGAGAAACAUAAAAAGCUAAGAACAGCUCUACUUGUGGUGGUACUUUUUGGUGCUUGUAUGCUCAUAGGUGAUGGUGUGCUCACUCCACCAAUGUCAGUUCUGUCAUCGGUUUCAGGGCUGCAGGUUACAGAAGAUAAAUUAACUAAUGGUGAACUGCUCUUGCUUGCCUGUGUAAUAUUGGUGGGCCUGUUUGCUUUGCAGCAUUUUGGCACUCGCAAAGUAGCUUUUAUGUUUGCGCCAAUUGUAAUCAUCUGGUUGGUUUCAAUAUUUUCUGUUGGUUUGUACAACGUCAUAAAUUGGAAUCCAAAGAUUGUUCGUGCAAUCUCUCCACAUUAUAUUGUCACAUACUUUAAAGAGUGUGGCAGAGAAGGCUGGAUUUCUCUUGGGGGGAUCCUUCUUUGCAUAACUGGUACUGAAGCUAUGUUUGCAGACAUUGGUCACUUCACUGCCUUUUCAAUUAGAAUUGCAUUUGCCUUUGUUGUAUACCCUUGUUUGGUAGUACAAUACAUGGGUCAGGCUGCUUUCUUGUCCAAAAACCCCAAGAAGAUUCCGUACAGUUUUUAUGACUCUAUACCUGAUCCUGUAUUUUGGCCUGUCUUUGUCAUUGCCACCCUUGCAGCUAUUGUUGGGAGUCAGGCUAUUAUCACUGCUACCUUCUCUAUCAUCAAACAGUGCCAUGCCCUUGGUUGCUUUCCCCGGGUGAAGGUUGUCCACACCUCUAAGAAUAUAUAUGGGCAGAUAUAUAUUCCAGAGAUAAACUGGAUCCUAAUGAUCCUUACUCUUGCUAUUACUAUUGGGUUUCAGGACACAACCUUAAUAGGAAAUGCUUAUGGACUGGCUUGCAUGACGGUGAUGUUCAUCACAACGUUUCUCAUGGCACUUGUCAUAAUUUUUGUCUGGGAGAAAAGUAUUUUUCUGGCUGCAAUGUUCCUUCUAUUCUUCUUGUCCAUUGAAGGUACCUACUUGUCAGCGGCAUUUACUAAAGUACCUCAGGGAGGGUGGGUUCCUCUUGUGCUCUCAUUCAUCUUUAUGGUGGUUAUGUACAUCUGGCAUUAUGGGACUAGCAAAAAGUACAACUUUGAUCUGCAUAACAAAGUUUCAUUAAAAUGGUUACUUGGUUUAGGCCCCAGCCUUGGUAUUGUCCGUGUGCCUGGGAUUGGGCUUAUAUACUCAGAGUUGGCAACAGGCGUCCCUGCCAUCUUCUCUCAUUUUGUAACAAACCUUCCCGCAUUUCAUAAUGUGCUAGUCUUUGUUUGUGUUAAAUCAGUUCCGGUCCCAUAUGUUUCACCUGAAGAACGGUUUCUCAUUGGCCGCGUUUGCCCUCGGCCGUAUCGCAUGUAUAGGUGCAUUGUGAGGUAUGGUUACAAAGAUAUUCAAUGUGAUGGUGAUGACUUUGAGAACCAGCUCAUACAAAGCAUAGCAGAGUUUAUCCUGAUGGAAGCAGUCGAACCACAGCCCUUUAGUUCUGAGUCUUCCCUGGAUAGAAGGAUGGCUGUCAUAUGCACUAGAAAUAUUGAAUCAAGCUCGACGUUCAUAAUAUCUGAGCAAGAAGAUAUUGAGACGAUUGACUCAAUCCAGAGCAGCAAAUCUGUAGCCCUGCAGAAUUUGCAAUCUGUUUUUGAUGAUGAGGACCCACAGGUGAGGAGGCGUCGGGUGAGGUUUCAGUUAUCACCAAAUCCUUCAAUGGACCCUGCGGUUAAGGAUGAGCUGACGGAUUUGAUACAAGCAAAGGAAGCAGGGGUCGCUUACAUAUUGGGACACUCAUAUGUGAAGGCUAGGAGAUCGUCUUCAUUUUUAAAAAGGUUUGUGAUCGAUAUUGGGUAUUCAUUUCUUCGCAAGAACUGUAGGGGACCAGCCGUGGCACUAAAUAUUCCUCAUAUCAGCCUAAUUGAAGUUGGUAUGAUAUACUAUGUUUAGUUAAAAAAUAAAAUAAAAUUCUAUUAUCUAUGAGCCACAGGCCGUAGUGUUGAUGUUUUUGUACGUGAAUAAGGAGGCAUCUUCUGUCACACUCAGUGGAGUUGGAGGGUGUGUUUGAAGUACACAUGUUAAAUAGAUUGUCCGUGGAAGCUGGAAAUUUAUGAAGAAACUUCCUGUUUCCCUUUGUACAGAUGACAUUUACCAUAAUUAUUUUUGUUUUAUAGACUCUUA